AUGUCCUCACUCGUUCUUGCAUUGUCCCUCACCCUGGUUGUGAUGGUUGUUGUAGUGUGGUUGGUUUUAUUCAAGGAAACACCAGAGACUGAUCCAUUGAGUAUCAUGUUCAAUGAUGAUCCGAACAGCAUGGAUAAACAUCAACAUGUUGAAUAUCAGGAUCCUAACGAAGUAUUGGAAAAGGGAGAAUACAUGGAAGAAACCAAUAUUUACAAGUUGAGAUUGUGGAGUAAGCAAAUGCCGAAUAGGCCUGCUCUCUGGUAUAAGAAUCAAUCAAGUCAGGCAAAGGAGUACAUUCCUAUCACUUUUAAAGAGUACAAUGACCAUGUUCAAGAGGUUGCCAAAUCACUUCUUGCUCUCGGAAUUAAAAGAGGUGAGACUUGUUGUAUCAUGUCUGGAAAUAACAAGGAGUGGAAUUAUUUAGAUUUGGGUUGCUUGACUGUUAAUGUUAUUUGUGGAGGAAUUUACUUUUCAUCAUCAGAACUUCAAGUAUUGCACUUGUUGAAUCACUCAGAAGCAAAGAUGGUUGUUGUGGAAAAGAAGGAUCAUUUUGAAAAAGUUAAGAGAUGUAUUUCCAAGUUGACUGAUUUGCAAAAAGUUGUGUUUAUUAAUGAAAGUGUUUUGAAUGAGUGUUUGAAGGAAAACCCAGAGCCACUUUUGAAUGCUUCUGGUAUUCAAGUUCAAUUGUGGAGUUGGAGCGAUUUUAUCAAACUUGGAGAAAAUAUUACUCAAGACCAAGUUGAUGAAAUUUUCAAGUCAAUCAAGACAAAUGAUGUCUGUACCGUGAUUUACACAAGUGGUACAACAGGUGCACCAAAAGCUGUUCAAUUGACAUAUAGAGCAGUUACCUCAGCUACUCUUGCAGCUAGAACAAUUGCUAAAUAUAAUGAAACUCAUCCAGAUUUUGAUAUUGAGAAUCAUAAUAAUACCUAUCUCAGUGUUCUCCCACUUGCUCAUAUUGCUGAGAGAUUGUUAACUAUUUAUAUACCUUUGAGAUGCGGAUAUCAAGUUUAUUUUGCUGAAAGUAUUUUCACUUUGUUGAAUGAUUUACAAGUUGUAAGACCUCAUAUUUUCUUUGGAGUACCAAGAAUUUAUGAAAAGAUCAAAUCUGGUAUUGAAACCAAUCUCAGCAAGGUCAAUCCAAUUGUUAGAUAUUUAAUUCAACACUGUAUGAAACAAGUAUCCAAAUACAAUACUUUGGUUGCUAUGGGAAGAAGCACUAGUUCAUUGUUGGAUUUCAGAGCUAAAUUAAUUUACAAGUUCAUUGUUGGACCAUUGAAGAGAAAAAUUGGAUUUGAUAGAACAAGAGUUUUCGGAGUUGGAAGUGCACCAAUUUCAAAGGAUGUUAUGAUAUUCUUUUCUGGAUUGGAUGCCAUGUUAAUUAACAUUUAUGGUUCUUCUGAAUCAUCAGCUAUGGGUUCAUCCAUUAGACCAAGAGCUCUCCAUUUCGAUAGUGUUGGUGUUCCAAUGCCAGGUACAGAAAUUAAAAUAGAUGUCGAUGGUGAAGUGUUAAUUAAGGCACCAUCAACAAUGGUUGGAUAUGCUAAAGAUGAAAAGUCAACCAAAGCUGCUUUCACUGAAGAUGGAUUUUUGAGAACUGGUGACUUGGGUAUAUUAAGGAAUGGUUUCUUAAAGAUUACUGGUAGAAAGAAGGACAUUAUCAUGACUAAGAAUGGUAAGAAUGUUGCCCCAGCAUAUUUUGAAUCAUCAUUGCAACAUGACAUUAUCAAUGGAAGCUUAAUGAUUGGAGAUGAUAAAAUUUUCCUCUCUGCCAUUGUUUCCCUUGAACCAACCCAAUUAAUGAAAUAUGUCAAAGAUCACCAUAAGGAAUUUGGUGUUGAAAAUGUAGAUUCUCUAUCAGAUUUAACACCAGAAAGAGCUCUGAAUACCUACCAUAAUCAUCCAAUUAUUUAUAAAUUGGUUGAAUCUCUCAUCAAACAAGUGAAUAGUAAGGUAUCAGAUGCUGAACAAGUUAAAAAGUUCAAAAUUCUGUCCAAAUCCUUCUCAAUAGAUGGCGGUGAAUUUACUGCAACUUUGAAAACCAAAAGACAUGAAAUUUUGAAAAAGUAUGAAAAGGAAAUUGAUGAAAUUUACUCUGGUGUUAAGGAAUAAUCAACAAACCACCUUUACUAAAUUAAUAUUGUAAAU